AUGCAACAUACCCAGCAAGCGUUACCCGUAUCGCAGUUCCGGCGCAAAAAUGGACAGCAAUCAUCUUGCGAGAACUGUCGAAAAUCUAAGCUUGCCUGUGACCAUGCAGUCCCUCAUUGUGGGCGCUGUGUGCGACUUAAGCGGACGGAAACUUGUGUCUACCUCAUCUCGCCUCUCGCCAAAUCAUCCUCUCCAAGUAACGCAAAAUCUGCUGCCGUCUCAAAAAGGCCAACAAAAGAGCAGAAUCGACCUUCGCCAACUGCGAUAUCAGCUGCGUAUUCUCUACUGUCACCUUCUCCUCUCGCAGAAGUCGACACUGCUCGAGACCACGCCCGAGGGAUGGGGCUUGGACGUCCGUCUAGCAGCCGACCAGACGGCCUCAGUAAAAUGACAAAUUGGGGAUCAAUAUUUAGUGAUUUUAAUAUUGAAGUUGAGCCAGAGCUGUCGGCUGCUAGCCUCAUGCCCGGCAUGGCGUUGCCGUGGAAGGAGCCGGAAAUAUUGCAACAUGCAACGACGGCGUUGGCGCAGAUUCCAUCACGGACUAUGUGCGAAGGACUCCUUGAUCAUGCCCUAAAAUUUCCUGACUUCGGGUGUCACGAGCCCUUUUUACGACUGUUGCACGAAGGCUGGUGGGAAAUCUUCGAAGGCUACUUCGACGAGACUUCUGCCGCUCUGAAUAGGUCAGAGCGACUUAUCGAGCGGCUCUGGAUUAAUACAUCAAACCGGAAAAUUGAUAGUUUUCUGUCGGGCUCGGUCGAAUGGCUACAGUCAUGGACAGGGCACAACACAACGUGGGAUUCACUGGCAUAUUUACUCUCCGCAUAUGGCUCAGCGUGCGCCAGUCUGCUACCUUCUCAUCCCUUACUGGCCGACUGCCACAAGGGCCAGGUUUGUAGGGACCUGGGGAAGGGGAUCAAAGCGUGCCUUUUCAUCUGUGAAGCGCAGGGGAUCUUCAGUCUUAAUGCUGUCAACGCUCAUGCAAGCAUGACUCUACUUCAAAAUUCCUAUGAUGGCGACGAUUCAAACCAUAAUUAUGCAAACGUCACCAAUCUCGCGCGCCUUGCAAACAAUCUGUGCCUUUCUCUCAGAUCAGCUAACUGGUGCUUUAUUCAAACGCAGUUGGAGCAAAAAGCUUUCCAUCGAGCUUUUACUAUGGACAAAUCAAUUGCCACUUCUAGUGGGCGCCCUCCUCAGCUGACUUGGCGAUUCAAUCAAUGUCCACUACCACUGGAUUUGAGUGAUGAACAACUUACAUUCACGGGGAAUGACCUAGACCUUGCCAUCAGUGUACUGGAUUCUGAUGGUUGGAAUACUGGGGAAAGGUCUUACCCAACCAGCUAUCUACGGGCACUAUCCAUGCUUGGGCGUCACCGAGAAGAGAUAUUGGAGCUCACAAUGGGUCCCAGCGCCGAGAUCUUGAACAAUAUGCAAUCGGAUAUUGUACGACGCUUACAAGCAACUUACAAGGGAUUACCUUCCCGGCUGCGGUACGAUCCAAGCCACCAUGCUCACCUAGCACCAUUCGACUUUCUCAAUAUCAUAUUUCUGCACUUAGAAUAUCACAAAAGCAUCUUCCUGUUGUACCGACUGUCACAGGUCGUACCAUUGAGCCAGAACAAACCACUGUUGUCCUCCGCCAAGGCGAUUAUCAAUGUGAUGACCAUGAUCUACACCCAUCGGGACCGCCUUGGAGAGAUGUUCCUCUUUUUUCCCUGGGCUGUCAUGUCCUAUGGUACACCCGCUGCUGCCAUUCUUGCUAUAGAAUUGUUGCUCCGACCCCAGUGUCUUGCCCUCAUAGCCAAUGUGACGGAGAUCCACCCCCGGUCGGAGAUUAUUCAAGAACUCAGUGUUUUUAUCAGCUGUUUGAACAGUAUUCCAACAACUGAAGGAAAUCAUGCCCCCUGCCGUCGAGUGGCGCAUACUCUUCGUAAAAUCAUGGAUCAAGUUCUUGAAUCACCAGCAAGGACAAUUUCAACCGCUAGGACUGUUUCUACAACAUCACCGGCGACGGAUGCUGACUCGGCUAUUGGGCUAGAUAUUGACUGGCAAGUAUUCUCGACGGGUCCUUGCGACGCCGACUACACCCAGUUGUUAGAUCCCAGCAGCUGGAUGCAGAUGGCCGAUCCUCUGGAUUUCCGGAUGGAGGAUCUUGGGCUAGAAAUCCCAAGCGAUGCUUACUUCAGCGAGCUUACGGACCUCGGGGAUGAAGAUAUUACGUUCGACAAUGGUAUCAUUUAA